CACCGCUAAGCUUCGGACUUUGAGGCCGCGUACUCAAGGUCUCAUGAUAAAGUCAGACUCUUGAAGCUUCAAUCUUGCCGGCGAUUUGCUCACCAAAUUCAAAAUCGCAUACUUACGACUUCUGUACAUCUUCGUCUCACUCUAACCAAUAUGUACCUCGCUACAUCGCUGUUUGUCGCCGGUUUGGCAGGUUUGGCGCAGGCGCAAAGUGUCACACCCGCAGGCUUUACACCAGCUGCAAUGAACAAGCUGGAUGUCUACUUCAACACCACAAUAGUCAGAAUUCCAGGACAGGUUCUUCCCAAAGCAGAUGUGGCAGCUCAGCCAAAGUUGGCAGUGUCGACCGCAAUGGCGAACAUGACUGAAACCUACAUGUUUGUCAUGCUCGAUCUUGAUGUCCCGCCUGCAGACGGCACCACCAAGCGCCGCGUCCUCCUUCACGCCAUGAACACGGGGUUCAAAGCCACACAACAGAGAAUCGGUGGAGGUUCGACCUUGCUUGCAACAUCAGACAAAGGUCCAGCAGCAUACAUUUCCCCGGGUCCGCCUCCAACAGACACGAUCCCGCAUCGCUACGUCGAGCUUCUGUUCCAGCAGCCCGCAGACUUGGCCGUCCAGGAAUCCGACUUCGCGAACACAGCAGCUCGCAUCAACUUCGACAUUGAGGCGUUCAUGACCAAGAACAGAGUCAGUGCUCCGGUGGCAGGCAACUUCUUCAUGGUCGAUGGCAAGGCGAGUGCAACUGCGAAGGGAACUGCUUCGGCCAGUGGAAGUGGUGGCAUGCCCGGGAGGACUCCAGAGCCGUUCACAGGCUCUGCUGAGAAGUACGGACUGUCUCCGGGGAUGGCUGGGUUGAUCGGAGGACUUGCUUUGCUCGCCAUUUAGGCACAAUUCGACACGAAGUGCCUACUAGCUUUGAUAUUAAUAACUUUCACUUAGCAUUUGAUACCACAAUGCAAAUGG